ACCGAAGAACGCGGCGUGGAUUCACCCUUGUUGGAAUGGUCCGAAACCCUCCGGAUAGGUGAUGUGAAGUGAAGGAGGGGCAGGGUUAGAGUUGUGUGUGGUGUCUACCGUGUUAUGAUUCAUCGCACAAGGGACAGAGAGAGAGAGAGAGCUGCGCUUCCUUGCAGCAGUUGAGUUCCAACGCGCCAUCUAGAGCGAGCUCGACGGAGGGAGGGAUGGAGGGAGUGUGGGGACUGCCUGUGGGUUUGUACUCUUGCUUGUACGAGCUGUGGCUGUGGCUCGGAGUUGGCGGGGUCUGGAAACCAACUUGAAGGGCUACUGCCAAGCGGAUAGCUCGCCGAGCGGGCAUAACCGUCGCCGCCGCCACCGCCGCCACAUUUUCUCCUUCGCCUUUGCCUUUGCCUUCGCCUUCGCCAGCAUGUUCGUCUGGGGCGGAGAUUUCUUCACGCGGGCUGGACAGGGGGCUUGUCGAUUGCAACAGGCUGGUGCCGCUGAAGGGGUCAGUGUUGUCACCACCUCCUCCGCUACCAAGGCUGGCCUGUUUCGUGUUUUGAGGUUGGCGGGGGGGGGGGCGAGCGAUGGGCCUCUCCUCGUGGUGGUGCUGUUGGAGGGCAAGAGCAGGGAGGUUAUUGGCACCGGAUCUGUUUGUAGAGAGGGAAAGAGAUUGGGAGUGGUCAGUGUGUAGCGGUGCAUAGGAGUCAGCAUAGCUUUGUGUGGAGCUGAGCACCUCUCGCGUGCCUUGUCCUGAAAGGAAGAAUGACGUCCUCCGGCGCAGAGACGGGGUAAAGAACGUCCCUGAUGCUGCUCUGGUGGCGAUGACGACCUCCAGCAGGUACCAUGGGAGAUGAUGGGACGGGGACGCCAAGCACGGGAAUUCUCAAGCCCGGGACGCUCGUGUAUGCCAAGGGUGCUGGGGGGGAGGGCAUGUGGGGAGAAAGGAAGACGUGUUUUGCAAUUUUUCAUCUGUAGUACUAGUCUGUCUCGAUGUCCUGCCCCGCAACAUUUUCAAAAAAAAUGUACAAAACAAACAAGCCUCUACAGGGAAGGAGUGUCCUCGGUUUUUCUUGAUGAAGAAUUUCUGCGGGUGCGUGCGGAUCUGUGCCACGACACGCGAAGGAACGACGCGCCGAGAUAUGGCGGUCCAAUCCUUUCCGCACACGUGGACUCCCACCAAAAAGUUCGCAUGCUCUUCUCGACUCCACCUCCCUCGUUGACGAGUUGAUCUGUAGGGCAUGCAGUGGGGAUGGGCCAGGCUUCCCCCGAAAAAUCCCGCUCUACCGUCAAAAUUGGAUCCGUGUGAGAUUGUCCUUUUUCCGACUGGUAAUUGUCCCUUUUCCGACGGGCGGUGAUGAACCCAGGUUUGUCGCGUCUGCUGUUGUUGCUAUUGUUGUUGCUGCCGUAGUUGUUGUUACUGCUUUCGCGCUUUCCGCACACCUUCUCGCCCAUGGUUGCAGUGGCUGCUACGCAUGGGUUUCUUUCUGCAUAAGCCCGUCCACAUACCUUGGUCCGACCCACCUCCGUGCUUCUUGGAAACUGUCUUCACCUUCCAUCGCAUGGUCCAGGUCGUACGCGUGUGCGCGAGGCUGCAGGUCGUGGGUUCGAGUUGUGUUUGUGGCAAGGAUGGUGUGUGGGUACGCGUGAUCGGAGCCAUUUUGUUGGUAUCCUUUCUCUCUCGCGAGAUCCGCGGAGUAUUUCCUUUUGCCGAAUAGCCCGUUACCGUUGAACCAGGCAUGCGAGUUCGCAGGCACGACCCAAGAUCGGACUCUUCUUGCUCAAGCCAUCGCCCCUUCCCCCCACAACCACACUCCCCACUUCACCUCACAAGCUCUUCUACACCAUUCACCACAAGCGUCCGGGAUCCGUUUCGAAGACAUCAGAGUUGAAGCCGUUCAGCACGCAGUGGCAGGCACCAGUGACACACAGGAGCAAGAGGCGGGGACGGAGAAGAUCGAGGCAAAAGGUGUGUGCGGAGUGGGAAGAUGAGUACAGCGGAGAUAUGUGAGGAUCUCAUCCUUGAGAAUCUCAGCCGCGCCAGGCGUGAGUGGAGACAGGAGAAUCCUGCGGUCGCGAACAAUGAACCUAUUUACAUGGACCGUUUUAAGAUGUAUCGGA